AUGGAGUCGACUUUCAUCUCAAUCCACGGUAAACCGCCAUUGCCUCCAUCACUUUAUACCAGUCUACUUACUGUCCCAUCUAGACCUGACCGACAGAGCCACCAUUCUCUACUCGUCCGACUCCGUAAUCGACAUCCUGGGCUACACCCCCGACGACAUCGUCGCCCACUCAGCAUGGGACUUCUUCUCCCUCGACGAGCUUCCCUACGCGAGGGAUUUUCACCAGAAGCGCGUUGCCUCCGAUAAGGCUGCCGUACUCGCUUAUUGCCGUAUCAAGAACAAGGCCGGCGAAUGGGUCGGCUGCGAGUGCUGUUUCACCAUCGUCUACGAUGUAAUGGUCGUGUGUACCAGUAUUUACCACCGUGACCUGAGGAGCGAGAGUAAGUCUGGCCAUGCCGAAGUCUGGGUGACUGCCCUCUAACGUAGCUACAGGACGCGCAAAUGAGGCACCAUUGAUCCGCCGAAUAUUCUCCUCCUCGCCCAAGGACCCCAGAUACCACAUGUUGUCGCAUCUGUCGGCCAAAUUCUCGCACUCAUCCAAGUCGCAACAGCACGAGCCUAGGGCUGCACUCUUUCUCAAUCGCUUCACGCGUACCUUGACCAUCAUGUACGCUACCAAUGGCCUCCAAGAUGUCAUCGGCAUCCCCGCAGAGACAAUGCGAGGCCGAAGCUUCUACUACUGCAUAUCCGAGAAUUGCUUGCAGGAUGCUGUCAAAUGCCUGGAGAAUGCCAAGGGCAACGAUUCCAUCGCCUACUUACGCUUCUGGUUCCGCGAUCCUCGCAUAGAUGAUGAAACAGAACCGUCGGACGAUGAGCCAAGCGACGAAGAGAUGACAACGGACCAGAGCGAAGAUGGAGGCGUCCAUGUCCAGAGCGACCAUUCAUCUCCUGGCGCAAGCAUGGAUAUCGACAGCGACGAGUCGAAGCCGCGUUCGAGGAAUUCUUCCGGUGACUCGACUCGUGCACUAGACACUCACGAAGCCAUCUUCGGACAGGCACCGGCAGCUCAGUCGUCUACCUCGUCACUUCCUGUGUCGCCGGAGGAAAGCAGACGCUCAUCGAACGCCCCGCAAGCUGAGCCCAUUGAGCUGGAGGCAGUCAUCUCGUGUACUUCAGACGGCUUAGUGGUAUGCCUGAGGAGGGCGCGACCAAUGAUUCCCCAUCCUGCUCAACGCCCAUCGCGGCCAGUCUACGAGAAUGGCAUGUUUGCCGCGCCUUGGGCUACAGAGCCAGUGCUUCCUCCGCUGGAUGUAAGAGCUGGUACUGGAUAUGGUGCAGCAUUUGCGCCAGCUCUUGGACCUCAAGGCGCGCAGCGCGACAGUGCCGCCACUGCUGCGGCCCAGAGCGAGCAAUCUGACUUCAUGAGCGCCAUUCGAGACCAAGCCAUCUUUGCCUGGGCUCUUACUGGUAUCAAUGGCUCGCUUGCCAAAUAUGGCACCGGCAAGCCAAUCGGCAACGCACUUCCGCAGGAUGGUCUGCCGAUCUGGGCGAGCGACCCCAAAUCUGGCGAGAGCAGCGACCACAGCAGCAACGGUCAUGACAGCAUCAUUUGGGAUCGAAUGGACGGCCGUCCUGGCACAAACAUCUUCGGCGACCCCGGCCUCGAUCGAGCUAAUGGCAGUCAUAGCAAGGGAAGCAACGGCAGCAGUGCACAGGGAACGCCAUUCACGAAUCCUCGCUGA